AUGUCCAUUCAAAAGGAAAUUGUCAAAUGGACUGCCUCUACUCUGGAAUGCUGGUCAUCAAUUUUCAAGUCCUGGACAUUGCUUACAUCAUACAUAUCAACAGCUGAUCUAACAGAAGUUCUUGAGCAGCGUUUAAGUUCUGCAAAAACCUAUGAAGAGUGGAAAACCACUGCACUGGAACUGGAUGUUCUUUAUGGAAACACUUUAUGGAAGGACAUUCAAGAAGAUCCAGCUUAUGACAACAAAUUGAUCAGUUCUCGUCUAAUUAGUUUAAAGCAGUCCCAUGCAUCAAAAGACUUUGAAUCGAUGAUGUACUUGCUGAGAUCGGGGCUUCUUCGGAAUUUGGGCGGAAUAUCUGAUAUUCGAUUAUACAGACAUUCUAUUGUUGGAACCAAAAAUUUAAUUCAGAGCUAUAUAGAUGAAGUGGUCUCGCAAUUCGAAACCAUUUCGCUUAUAAAAUCUCCCACUGCCCAACAACAGCGCAAAGUUGAGUUGCUAUCAGACACACAGCAAAGUUUUGGCAACACUGCUCUUCUUCUUCAAGGAGGUGUUACGUUUGGAAUGUAUCAUGCAGGCGUUGUCAAGGCGCUUUUUCAAAAUGGACUUUUGCCUAAUAUCAUCAGCGGAACAUCAGUCGGUGCACUGAUUGCUGCGCUUGUGUGUAUUCACACAGAUGAAGAGAUGCCCAAGAUUUUUACAGAAGGUGGCAUUAAAUUGGGAACGUUCAAGACAAAAUCAGCUCAAGGAUCGUUUGCGCGAAAAGUAACCCGACUGUUCAAUCAUGGAUAUCUUUUGGAUGUGUCUGUAAUUGAGCAAUGCGUCAAGGAUAAUCUAGAAGACAUUACAUUUAUGGAAGCAUACAACAAAACUGGCCGGGUCCUUAAUAUUCCCGCAGUGUCAUCUGGUAGAGGAGAAGUACCACAACUACUCAACUAUCUUACAGCACCAAAUGUUCUUAUUCGAUCCGCUGCAUGUGCUUCAGUUGGAGUACCUGGUUUAAUUCAGUCUACUGGUUUGCUUCAGAAAAUGCCCAUGGGAAAUCCUCUUCCUUGGUGUCCUUUACCCAAGGAUAAAAACGGCUCCAAUCCAAUUUUGGAAAACCCAGAAAAACGACUUGCAGAGCUGUUCAAUGUGAACCACUUUAUUGUAUCACAAGCUAGUCCCUAUAUUUCGCCAGUUAUCAUGAAGAAAAGACCAUCACUGUUUGGACGACUCGAGAGUCUUUUUUUAAGCGAAUUGAGAUACAGACUCGGUCAACUUCGCGAUCUGGGAUUAAUAUCACAAGUGAUUACAUCGUUAUUUGGACAUAAGAUUCAAGGACAUGUCACUAUUGCACCAGAGCUGACGUCUUUGGAUUUUUUCAAUCUGUUUAACCAUCCAACAAAUACAGCACUCAACUACUGGAUUGAGAAAGGAGAGAGAUCUACCUGGCCGCUCAUGUCCCUUAUCAGCAAUCGCACCAAGAUUGAGCUUGCUUUGCGAAAAGCUGUUUGUAAAUCCAAAGAGCAUUUGGCAAAGCAAGAACAGGAAUACUUGAAGAGAUUUGAAGUCCGUAAAGAAGAAUCCAGAAAACGCAAUAAAUCCAUUUCUUGAU